CACCAAUAACGAGCUUUCUGCCAUCUGGAAUCACGAAAGCCCUCCCGCCCGCACAAGGGAAGAAAUCAAGAGACGACAUGGCUGCCGAAGUUGUAGCCGGAGCUUACAUCGCUGCAGAGGCCAUCGAGCACACCGCUGAGGCUGGCUACGCAGCAUACAUCGUUUCCAAGCCAACGCUACCUCUCAAGGCUACCUUCCAUCGGAUAGCAACGACUUCGGGUGAUCAUUCCGGUCGAUCACUAGAGAGAUCGCAUCACACUUUGUCAGUCGUCAAGAACAAAGCAUAUAUCUUCGGUGGUAUCACAGCGGACAAUCAGCUAGCAAGUAACGAAAUUCAUGCGGUGACUCUCCAGCACUCCGGCGAGCCUGAGAUGGACUACGGCCUGAUCCCGGCUAUUCCUUCAAUCGAGGGCGAACGAGUUCCAGAUCCGCGAUCGAGUCAUGCAGCCUGCACAUUCCAUGGUAAUAUUGUCGUGUAUGGAGGCUGUAACGAGAAAGACGAACUGAGCGAUGAAAAAUCAUCAGUAUGGAUGUUCAGCCCAGAACGCAAGACCUGGGAACAUCUGGUGCCUUCGACUCUCGACCUUGCCCCUGGUCCACGACGACAAGCAAAGCUCUUCGCGCAAGACAAGUGCAUUGUUCUUUUCGGUGGCUACGAUGGAUCGGGCGAUCGGGCUAGUGAUAUCUGGCAAUUCGAUAUCGCUUCAAAGGUGUGGUGGCAAUUACCAACUGCGCCGGUUGCUACCGGCAAUGCAGCUCUAGCCAACGAUCAGCUCUGGAUGAUCUCUGGCACAGAUUCUAUGAGUAGUCAGAUUCAUCACUUGGAUAUCUCUUCGCCCAAGAACGAGAUGUCAUGGGAUACUUUCACCUUCCCAACAAAUCCGAUGGCUCCUGGUCCUCGCGCUCGGCAAGACGGUGCGCUCAUACCAAUCCACACCGGCUACGGCCGCAAUUACCUUAUCUACCUCCUUGGUGCCCGUGCAGACACAUCAUCAGUGACAACCAUCGCUCCCGAAGACCCGAAGCAUGCCAACGAUGCUACGCAAUGGAGCGACACCUGGGCUUUACAGAUACCUUCUAGCGACCUUCAGGUGAAAGCCUCCACGUCGUUCAAGGAGGCUAUCAAACCAGCGAAGAUCAAAGACGCGAUCAGAUCCGCUCUCGGGGCAGACACCCAUGAGCUGUCUUGGGGCGAAGCUGUCGUUCAAUUGCCGUCUGAGAAAGAGAUGGAAGAGAUGGGAAAGCUACAUCCGGGUCCCAGGGCUUUCUUCGGUGCUGAUGUUAUGCAGGACGAGACGAGUAUAGCCCUGUGGGGUGGUGUAAAUGCGAAGGGAGAACGCGUCGGCGAUGGGUGGAUAAUCAGCUUGGCAUAGACGAUACUGCUGCUCUACAUAGCCAGCAAGUGUGACAAGGAACACACGCGAGAUAGUCGCGGCUCGGAAAGAAGUGAUCGGUCAUCUUCUCAGAUUCUGCUCUGUGAGAAUGUUUCGACGCAUUUAGCGGAGCUUCACGUGCAUUCUUGGCAACUGGGAGCGGAUGUGGUGAACAUUGUGUCUGUCUUCGCAGAUGCAAUGCACUGCUCAUGUUGGCUUGCUGUGAUUAGCAUUUAUCCCAGAGACUGACAUAAGAUGUCCAUCCUCCGUUAUCGAAUAGAUUGAAAACUUGGAAUUUAC